GGACGGACAGAGGGGACCGUGCCCUCCGGCCUCCUGGGGCGAGGGCUGCGGCGGGAACAUCGGGGCUCGGGGAGGUGGCCUCCGGCGAGCUCCCGCGCUUGGAGUGCUCCGAGGAGAGCCGGCGCCCCCGGAGCCCUAGGGGCCGGAGGGCGCGGGACCUGAACUAGAGGGUCUCCCCUCGGGGCUAAGGCAGGCUUUCCGGGUGCCCCUGAGGGAGGGAAUGGGGCAGAGGCUUUUUUGCGGGCCCGGUGGAAAGUACUGUCUCUGUAUACAGGGGCUUCCACCGGAUGGAGGGUCGUGCCAGCUUUCAGGUGGGGGCGGCGGCAUUAGCGCAUCCCCGUCUGCGGAGAGGCGGGACAGGCGGGGGCGCGGGGCAUUAUUUGCACCUCUUCCCGGCAGUCUCCCGGCGGGAGGGCACCCAGCCUCGCGCGCCUCAGCUCCUUUCCCAGGCACCGCGUCCAGCUCCCGUGCCCGCCCCAGCGCCGCCUUCGCCACCGGACGGAGCCCGGCAACCGCUUGCCCGUGGCCUCGGCAGGUUGUGGGGGUCUCUAGGGUCUGGGGUCUCCCUGCAGCCCCAGGACUUCAGGGUCAGGCUCUCUCCGGACACUCGGGACCGUCCCUCCCCGGGACCGUGAUGAACCUGCGCGUCUACGCGGCCGCCGGGCGAGCGGACCGGCAGUGGUCUCUGUGUGUGCAUGUGUGUACGCGCGUGUGUGCUGGGGGUCCCCGCUCCGGGGUCGGUCUUCCCCGGCGCUCGCAGGUGGGAGGCGUCUCCUCCCCGCGCGGGGGCGGGGCCGGGAGGUGGAGGCCUCGACUGCGAGAGGCGCCCCCGCACCAGGGCGGUCUGAGGCUGUUUGUGCUGAGAUGGGGCAGCAGCAUCGGCGGCGGCAGGGAGUCCUGAGGCCCGAACGUUGGUAGGAGGAGAGGAUUGGAGCUGUUUUCUCCUUGAUGCCAAGAUACGCCAAGCUAGGAGCACUCUGCCCUUUCCACAGUCAUCCACCAAGAACAGGCCUGCAGGACGGGACAAGGAUCAGAGCCUUCCUGCAACCCCGGCCACUGCCUGCUGUCUGUGGGCCUGGACUGUGCGGGCAACUGUGCUUGGCCCGAGUGACAAGGAGGUGGGAGAGGGUAGCAGCAUGGGCUACGCGGUUGGCUGCCCUCAGUCCCCCUGCUGCUGAAGCUGCCCUGCCCAUGCCCACCCAGGCUGUGGGGCCAGGGGCCUGCCAGGGCUAGGAGUGGGCCUGCCGUUCAUGGGUCUCUAGGGAUUUCCGAGAUGCCUGGGAAGAGAGGCUUGGGCUGGUGGUGGGCCCGGCUGCCCCUUUGCCUGCUCCUCAGCCUUUACGGCCCCUGGAUGCCUUCCUCCCUGGGAAAGCCCAAAGGCCACCCUCACAUGAAUUCCAUCCGCAUAGAUGGGGACAUCACACUGGGAGGCCUGUUCCCGGUGCAUGGCCGGGGCUCAGAGGGCAAGCCCUGUGGAGAACUUAAGAAGGAAAAGGGCAUCCACCGGCUGGAGGCCAUGCUCUUCGCCCUGGAUCGCAUCAACAACGACCCGGAUCUGCUGCCUAACAUCACGCUGGGCGCCCGCAUUCUGGACACCUGCUCCAGGGACACCCAUGCCCUCGAGCAGUCGCUGACCUUUGUGCAGGCGCUCAUCGAGAAGGAUGGCACGGAGGUCCGCUGUGGCAGUGGCGGCCCACCCAUCGUCACCAAGCCUGAACGUGUGGUGGGUGUCAUCGGUGCUUCAGGGAGCUCGGUCUCCAUCAUGGUGGCCAACAUCCUUCGCCUCUUCAAGAUACCCCAGAUCAGCUACGCCUCCACAGCGCCAGACCUGAGUGACAACAGCCGCUACGACUUCUUCUCCCGCGUGGUGCCCUCGGACACGUACCAGGCCCAGGCCAUGGUGGACAUCGUCCGUGCCCUCAAGUGGAACUAUGUGUCCACGGUGGCCUCGGAGGGCAGCUAUGGCGAGAGCGGUGUGGAGGCCUUCAUCCAGAAGUCCCGUGAGGACGAAUGCCUGCCGCCUGGCCACUUGCAUCCUCUGAGGACUCAGCCCAGUGUCACUGCCUUUGGGCAGCCUUCCCUGGCGGCCAUCUCCCUGCCCACAGGGGGCGUGUGCAUCGCCCAGUCGGUGAAGAUACCACGGGAGCCCAAGGCAGGCGAGUUCGACAAGAUCAUCCGCCGCCUCCUGGAGACUUCGAACGCCAGGGCAGUCAUCAUCUUUGCCAACGAGGAUGACAUCAGGCGUGUGCUGGAAGCAGCACGAAGGGCCAACCAGACAGGCCAUUUCUUCUGGAUGGGCUCUGACAGCUGGGGCUCCAAGAUUGCACCUGUGCUGCACCUGGAGGAGGUGGCUGAGGGUGCUGUCACGAUCCUCCCCAAGAGGAUGUCCGUACGAGGCUUCGACCGCUACUUCUCCAGCCGCACGCUGGACAACAACCGGCGCAACAUCUGGUUUGCCGAGUUCUGGGAGGACAACUUCCACUGCAAGCUGAGCCGCCACGCCCUCAAGAAGGGCAGCCACGUCAAGAAGUGCACCAACCGUGAGCGAAUUGGGCAGGAUUCAGCUUAUGAGCAGGAGGGGAAGGUGCAGUUUGUGAUCGAUGCCGUGUACGCCAUGGGCCACGCGCUGCACGCCAUGCACCGUGACCUGUGUCCCGGCCGCGUGGGGCUCUGCGCGCGCAUGGACCCUGUAGAUGGCACCCAGCUGCUUAAGUACAUCCGAAACGUCAACUUCUCAGGCAUCGCAGGGAACCCUGUGACUUUCAAUGAGAAUGGAGAUGCGCCUGGGCGCUAUGACAUCUACCAAUACCAGCUGCGCAACGACUCUGCCGAGUACAAGGUCAUUGGCUCCUGGACUGACCACCUGCACCUUAGAAUAGAGCGGAUGCACUGGCCGGGGAGCGGGCAGCAGCUGCCCCGCUCCAUCUGCAGCCUGCCCUGCCAACCGGGUGAGCGGAAGAAGACAGUGAAGGGCAUGCCUUGCUGCUGGCACUGCGAGCCUUGCACAGGGUACCAGUACCAGGUGGACCGCUACACCUGUAAGACGUGUCCCUAUGACAUGCGGCCCACAGAGAACCGCACGGGCUGCCGGCCCAUCCCCAUCAUCAAGCUUGAGUGGGGCUCGCCCUGGGCCGUGCUGCCCCUCUUCCUGGCCGUGGUGGGCAUCGCUGCCACGUUGUUCGUGGUGAUCACCUUUGUGCGCUACAACGACACGCCCAUCGUCAAGGCCUCGGGCCGUGAACUGAGCUACGUGCUGCUGGCGGGCAUCUUCCUGUGCUAUGCCACCACCUUCCUCAUGAUCGCUGAGCCCGACCUUGGUACCUGCUCGCUGCGCCGAAUCUUCCUGGGACUAGGGAUGAGCAUCAGCUAUGCAGCCCUGCUCACCAAGACCAACCGCAUCUACCGCAUCUUCGAGCAGGGCAAGCGCUCGGUCAGUGCCCCACGCUUCAUCAGCCCCGCCUCACAGCUGGCCAUCACCUUCAGCCUCAUCUCGCUGCAGCUGCUGGGCAUCUGUGUGUGGUUUGUGGUGGACCCCUCCCACUCGGUGGUGGACUUCCAGGACCAGCGGACACUCGACCCCCGCUUCGCCAGGGGUGUGCUCAAGUGUGACAUCUCGGACCUGUCGCUCAUCUGCCUGCUGGGCUACAGCAUGCUGCUCAUGGUCACAUGCACCGUGUAUGCCAUCAAGACACGCGGCGUGCCCGAGACCUUCAACGAGGCCAAGCCCAUUGGCUUCACCAUGUACACCACUUGCAUCGUCUGGCUGGCCUUCAUCCCCAUCUUCUUUGGCACCUCGCAGUCGGCCGACAAGCUGUACAUCCAGACGACGACGCUGACGGUCUCGGUGAGUCUGAGCGCCUCGGUGUCCCUGGGAAUGCUCUACAUGCCCAAAGUCUACAUCAUCCUCUUCCACCCGGAGCAGAACGUGCCCAAGCGCAAGCGCAGCCUCAAAGCCGUCGUUACGGCGGCCACCAUGUCCAACAAGUUCACGCAGAAGGGCAACUUCCGGCCCAACGGAGAGGCCAAGUCUGAGCUCUGCGAGAACCUUGAGGCCCCAGCGCUGGCCACCAAACAGACUUACGUCACUUACACCAACCAUGCAAUCUAGCGAGUCCAUGGAGCUGAGCAGCAGGAGGAGGAGCCAUGACCCUGUGGAAGGUGCGUCGGGCCAGGGCCACACCCAAGGGCCCAGCUGAUGUCUUGCCUGCCCGUGGGCACCCACGGACGUGGCUUGGUGCUGAGGACAGCAGAGGACCUCACUGCCGUCACUGCUGGCAGCCUGGGCAAACCGGGUGAGCAACAGGAGGACAAGGGGCCGGGGCGGUGCCCGGCUACCACAAGAACCUGCGUCUUGGACCGUUGCCCCUCCCGGCCCCAAACCACAGGGGCUCAGGUCGUGUGGGCCCCAGUGCUAGAUCUCUCCCUCCCUUCGUCUCUGUCUGUGCUGUUGGCGACCCCUCUGUCUGUCUCCAGCCCUGUCUUUCUGUUCUCUUCUCUCUUUGUUUCACCUUUUCCCUCUCUGGCGUCCCCGGCUGCUUGUACUCUCGGCCUUUUCUGUGUCUCCUUUCUGGCUCUUGCCUCCGCCUCUCUCUCUCAUCCUCUUUGUCCUCAGCUCCUCCUGCUUUCUUGGGUCCCACCUGUGUCACUUUUCUGCCGUCUUCUUUCCUGUUCUCCUCUGCUUCAUUCUCGUCCAGCCAUUGCUCCCCUCUCCCUGCCACCCUUCCCCAAUUCACCAAACCUUACAUGUUGCAAAAGAGAAAAAAGGAAAAAAAAUCAAAACACAAAAAAGCCAAAACAAAAACAAAUCUCGAGUGUGUUGCCAAGUGCUGCGUCCUCCUGGUGGCCUCUGUGUGUGUCCCUGUGGCCCGCAGCCUGCCCGCUUGCCCCGCCCGUCUGCCAUGUGUCUUGCCUGCCCGCCUGCCCCUCCUGCCGACCACACGGAGUUCAGUGCCUGGGUGUUUGGUGAUGGUUAUUGACGACAAUGUGUAGCGCAUGAUUGUUUUUAUACCAAGAACAUUUCUAAUAAAAAUAAACACAUGGUUUUGCA